UUUUUUGGCAAAGGGCCAACUUUUAUUUAUAAAUUGGAUAGUUACAAAAUGUGUUAUCUAUUAGAAGAUGGCCAAGGAGAGUACAUUCAUCUACAACCAUUUGAAGGACACAGUGGUAUGAGACACAUAGGAUUUUAUUCAAUUAUGGUAUUUUCUUAUACAGAUGAUGAUGGAGAUGAUGAUGUAAUUUAUACAAGAAUUUCAAAAGGUGAUAUAGGGGCAUUAUGUUCUGCAUCCAGUGGUAAUUGUGAUAAUGCUCUUAACCAAAUUUCCAUAGUUUUUGGAAUCCAGAAUGUAUUAAUGGUUGUAUUGGAGAAGAUAUAAAUAUUACUUUUGCCUAUCCAGCUAAACUGAUUCAAUAUUGUGUAUCAAAA